AUUUCAUGCAUCCUCGGACCUCUCUACAUUUAUCAAAUUCAACUACCUAACUUAAAGCUAGAUAUCACAAAACAAAAACAAACAAGCAGCACCAAGUAGCAGUCUUGAGAAUUGGUCCUUGCCAACCUUUUCGCCUUCUACUUUGUGCCGGACUCAAAUUAUUUUCCCCUACCCCCCGCCCAAUAGGUAAUAUUUUGCAAGUACCUAGGCUAGACUACCCUUGACUUUUAAGCAACGUUUUCGUUUUCGCGUCUUCAGCCCGCGUCAAGAUGAAAUCCUGGUAGCCAACUGUAGAUUGAUUCAUCAAGUAAACUACGUCCUAUUUUCACAGAAGACCCAAUCCAGUUCAGCACAAACACAAACCCAGCCCUUACCUAAUCUAUUCAAUUCCCCGUUUCAACAAAGUCAAACAUGGCUUACACCGACGAUGCUGUGUUGGCCAAGCUAUCUGCCCUUUCGGAAGCGGCAGACAGCAUUGUAUCCGUAUCUCAGUGGAUCAUGUUCCAUCGACGCCAUGCAGAUCGAACAGUGCAACUGUGGCUCCAACGCCUUAGAGAUUCUACAAGUCACAAGCGAUUGAAUCUCAUCUACCUUGCCAAUGAGGUUGCACAGCAGACAAAGGCCCGUCAUAGAGAAGAUUUUGUUGUCGCCUUCUCCCCUAUCAUUGCAGAAGCCGUCGCCACUGCUUAUAAGGGUGCAUCAGCGGACAUACAGCAAAGAAUUAGACGGGUCGUUGACGUCUGGAAAGAACGCUCCGUCUUCGAGACACCUAUCUUAGAAGCCAUAGAAGCUCGUGUCCAGGAAAUUAAUGAAGCCCGUGGCACUGCUAAAGCUGGACUGGGAGGCUCAAUAUUUGGGUCCGCCUCCAUUCCAGCGGAACUAGCCCCUCUUACAACUCCUCAGCAGAAUGUGACGAAGCUGCUUCUGAGUAAAAAGUCCACGGUCAACACGGCUAAUCAAGAAUAUGAUAAAUUGUUGGGACCUAGAAGCACCGCCCCUUCUGCUCCUGUAUAUGCUGCUCGCCUAAGCGGAUUGCUUAAGACGCUAGCCCAGGCCGAAGGAGCAGUAGAUCAAUGUGUGAAGGCUCGUCGCGAGCUUGUUGCCGCUCUGCAGAAGGUCCUAGACAGCAACAGGAAUGCACUCAUAUCCGAGGAGGAUCAACUAGAAACGUUCGUACGUCGAAGGAUGGAGGUAGAGGAUAAGAAAACCGAGGUCGAAAGAGCAAUCAUGGCAGGGCUUCCAGAUGACGAGCCAUAUUUUAGCAAUGUCCAAAAUGAUCAUCCAGAUCCAGAACCCGACAGGCCGGAAAUUGAGGAGCUCACGCCGCCGCCCAUGGAGCCGGAGUUUCCGGAACACACCAACGCAACGGACAAUACAGGUAGUACCCAAGAAAGCACCGACCAACCGCCUAUCGUGCAGGAUAUCGACAGCCACGCUAAUCUUGGCGUUCAGUAUAAGUCGGUGCCAACUACGAUGAACGGGUCUAAGAAGCGUAAGCUCGAUGAUGGCAAUGAUUUCCCCGACCUCGGAGAAGACGACGGCAUUGAUUCAGACGUAGCCGAGAUGCUUCGUAGAGACAGCAGCGGCUCGUAAUAUUGGCGAAUAUUACUUGAGCCGUGUAUUUCCAACACACACUCUGAAUGAUAUUUGUCGAGAUAUUGAGCAGAUGAUGGAUACGAAUCGAUGUAUACCUUUUAAUGGCGAAGUUGCAUUUCAGGGUGGCUCUUUUUUCGGUUUGAUGAAAAAAUCGUGCGAGUUUGAUUACAUCCUUGUUCAUCAUGGAUACAUUGCGUUUUUCUAUUUACCUACCGGUAUGAUAUGAGUUAGGUAUAACUGUAAUCCACGCAGAACAGCAGAGUCCCUAUUUUACCUUCGAAGCCUUCGAAGCGUACUUCAGUACGUGAGUACAUGAACGCUUAAUAUACAUGUAUCUUUUCUGCGCUAGACUCUAUAAGGAACAGCCCGAAGUUGUGCCGAUCAAAGUAAUGUACAAUCGUACGUAUUUCGUACAUACUAGGUACCUAAAUACCUAAACCUAGAUGAUGCAUAAGCCCGUCUAGAAGCUUCAG